AUGACCAGCAAAACAUUUGUCCUUUCCACCAAAAUCGAGGACACCCAGAAGAUAAGUUCCACCAAAGAAGAUGUGGAACCCUUCCUCUGCAUCCUUCUUCCAGCCACCACACUGCUCUUCCUGGCCUUCCUGCUGCUUUUCCUUUACCGCCGCUGCAAGUCCCCACAGCCCCAGGGGCAAGUUUUCAGCAAUGACUUCCCAGAGCACCCACCUGCAGGAGAAGUGAUUGACUUCCUGCCAGGCUUACCCUGGAGCAGCGAGCUGAACUUCCCAUACUCUCUUCUGCCCCCGGAGGCGGCCCUCCUCUCUGUGGGUUCACCGCCCUCCUAUGAAGAGGCCACCAGGAAAGCCCCAGGGGAAGAGGCCCUGGACACAGUGCUUCAGUACGACGAUGGCUCACCUGGACUGGAGGAACACAAAUAA